AUGUAUAUUUUACGUAAAGAUUCUGUUAACAAUAAAGAUCCCCAUGGUUAUGUCAAUGCUUUUAGCCGCCCUGAGGCCAAUUAUAAAAGUCCUACGAAGAGAUCUUUCCUCAGCGAGUGCAUACGGCAGAUACAUAUAAUGAAUGGCAAUGAUAUGCCCAUGAUUUCAAUGCCUGUUGAGUACAACAAAGUGGUCAUCUGGAGUAAAUUGAAUUAUUUAAUGAGACCUUCAAGAAUUACUCCUUAUCAGGCAGCAGUGCAAAGAGUUAAACGCCGUCUAUUCCGAGAACCCAAACUGAGACAACGUAAAUGUCAAAAUCCUAAAUAUAACGAUUCAAAUUUCACCGACAGUUGUCACUUUAAAGCUUCGCGCCAUGAGUUGGGCAUUAAGAAAAUACCACGUAAUUAUCUGGAUCAAGCUAGGCGCUAUGUGGAAACUGGCUUACGUCAGAACCUCAAACGUAAGUACAUGGAUGAUCAUGAUGAGGAGAGUGAUAUUGAGAGGCAAUCAUUGCAUUUCAAUACCAGUGAGGGUGUAUUCCAAGUUUCACAACAAGUCAUUAGCAAAGUCUGUCGUUAUCAUGGCAAUAUGGCAAGACAUCAUCCCCAGCGAGAACGUUCAGCCGAGGAACAAUUUAAACGUGAACGUAAUACCGAAGCCUGUCGUCUUAGUCGAAGAGCUAAAAAACUCGAAGAAGUUCUGCUCGAUCAACAAUAUCGUCAACGUCUACAUGCCAAUAAUAAAAUAUUAGAAGCAUCUAUACGUUCCAUUCUAUACAUGAAUACCUUAAUGGGUUUGAUGGUUGGCCCAACCGAUGAACGUAAUGUUUAUGUUUAA